AUGUCAUCACCAACAACAAACCCUCCUUCAACGUCAACGACAACUACUUCUACAUCAUCAUCACCAACAACAUCUACUGUGAUGGUUCAUCCAUCACCAUCAUCUCUAUUCGAUCCUUCAGCAACAUCAGAACGUAUCACAUUGACUUACCAAGAUGACUUUGGAGUAUGGAAGUAUGUUGAGCCUGAGCUCAAGAACCAUCUGCCACUCAAGAAGAUUAGUUGGAAGACAAAGACAGGUCAUACAAAGAUUGUAGAGUUGAUGCCAGUGGACAUUAUACAUUAUGAUGACGAGCGACUCAAACAGACAUUUGAGUUCCAGAACUUGUACAGGAAGCCAUACCUCUACCUCUAUCUAGUACACUGCGACGAGACAGACAUCUACAAGAGCACAGUCAAGAACAAGAUCAAGCAGUGGGUCACCAAUAUGAAUGAUCGCCAACAAGAGUGGCUGAUCAUCUACGUGUCGCUGGGCCAGAAGUCCAAGUCAUUCCUUCCGCGCACAGUCUACGACAAGAUCAAGAACGACUUCAACGUGCGUCGCGACCGAUGCUGCCACCUGCGAUUCUUUGAUGACAGCAACAAGAAUGAGGACCUCUGGGAGGACAUGCUGUUCAAGGUCAAGGAGGGCAUCGUGUCCAGCGCCGAGCAGUACCUCACCACGUACGAGGAGGAGAUACGUCGAAGCGACGCUCGUCGCACCACUGCAGGCUGGAGCUACCUCAGCUUCUUCUUCCUAAAGGAGAGUCUGGCACUGAUCUACGAACGUGCGCUGCUAUACGAGGAGGCUCUGCUGCAGUACAUUGAGCUGGAGGUGUUGUUUGCCGACAACAAGUCUCAGUUUGAGAAGGUGGCACUCACGCCACCAAUGUCAGGACAUCGCGCCACAGCUAUCAACGAGUCCACAGACGCAGUGGCUGCUCCCCCAGCCAUGAAGCAGGCAGAGCUCAACGACGGAGUCAACCUCUUUGACUCGUCCACAAGGCGCUACUACCGAGAGCUCAUAUAUCAGAACAGGAUCACUCUGUAUGACUUUAAGCAUUACCUAUUCGUCAGGCAAUCAAAGUUACUGUUCCUCCUACAUCGACCGAUCGAAGUGACGAGGAAGGCAGUGUCAUUCAUUACAUCAGUUGGAUACAUUAUCCAGAAGCAUCCAAGCAGCUUCAAGCCUUACUUUUAUGAGACUUGGGUGUUCUCUGUAUCAAUGGAAACGAUCAAGGCUUGUCAGGAAGCCUUUGAACGUCUGCAGGAGCAGACAGAUCAGGCACAGCAGAUCACAGCAAGCAGCACAAGGGCAAAGAGCACAACGCCCUCAUUCAGUCGUUUCCUCAAUGGCUUUGGUAACCUGGUGACGAGCAUUGCGCCAACGACAACGACCCCGGCACCCGCAACACUCGCACCACCACAGGCGACAACUGGUGGCGCUGGCGGCACUGGUGGCAGACUGCCAUCAUCGCAGUCACUCACCAACGUCCAAUCGAUCCAGAUACAGAGCGCAAUGGGUAGGACACCAUCACUUAGCUCUCUUCCCGACCUUGAGAAGCAACCCGACAAGCAAGACCGCGAGGAGUUGGACUUUAUGCUUGCGGACAUUCUAUUCUGUGCGAUACAGCGACUGGAGGAGCUGGCCAUCAAGCUGGACAUGCUUCCAAAUGAUGAGAAUCUGGACUUUUACAAGAAGGCAGAUGACAUGUUCAACAAGACUCACAAGACAAGUCCAGCAUCAUUGUCACCUGUUCAGUCCAAUGGUGUUGGCGCUGGUGCUGGUGCUGGUGCUGGCGCAGCUUCAGGCCAUCACUCUCCAUCUCAUGUUGAUGGCGCCCACCAGUUGUCACCAACCAUAUUGUUCACUUACCCUGCACUCCAGGCUGCAUUCCAAUCGAUCAAAGACUUUUCCAAACUCUAUCUCGAUCUACUCAAUCAAUCUGAGAAGCUCUAUGUACAAACAAACAGAAGCAGGUCACAUCAAAGACUAUCAUAUUCACUCGGCAACUUCCACUUUAAACGAGGCAACUUCUCAGAGGCCAGCACAAUAUUCAAGCGCAUUUCAAACAUCUACAAUCGCGAGAAGUGGAAGAUGAUUGAGUAUGCCAUCAAGACAAAGUUGGCAUAUUGUCACAAGCAAUUGAAUGAGCUGUCAGACUACAUCACUACAUGCAUUGGUCUUCUGACACCUGGUCUGCUAAAGAGCGACGAAGAGAGAGAGUAUUACUUGAAGGAGAUAUUCGAAACGACCAAGAACAAUCAACUCAAUAUUGCUACAUCAAUGCAUCCACUGUUCAAGGCAAAGCUGACUAUUGUGAACAGUGAAUAUAGAUUCUUGGAGCAUGUACGAAUUAAUCUAAGGAUCAAGAGCAAUCUGUUCUGUCCUAUUGUUGCCAGCCAUGGCGCCAUCAACUUUAUACGCAGCAACAACUCCAAUGAGAAGCUGAUCUUCAAUCAAGUGGACUUUACCAUCAAUCCAGGCACCAACAACUAUGAGUUGACCACAAUAGGCACAACCAAAGCAUCAUUCAUCAAGGACUCGUGCUGGUUGAAGAUUGGAGGUGUAUCAUUUGGUCAAUCACUCAAGGAUGGCGUGAAUGGCGAAAUUAAGAUCAUUGAGACUGAGUCUUCGAUCACAUUGGAAUCAUUUGUACCAAAUAGCGCAUUACUACUGUGCUGUGUGCAGUACAUUGGCGUGCGACUACACACUCAUGCUGACGCGAUUGAGAGGGGCGUGCUCUCAUUCCAGAGCCCAACAAGCGCAACCAUCAUCCAACCGCCAAUGUUCAACAUACUGCAACGAAAGAGCAAUGGCACAGUGAACACGUUGCAACUGCCAUUCGUCAACGAGAAGAUACAUUUGCAGCAGAUUGGACGCGAGGAGCAGCUCGAGUUCUACAUCCCUGUCAUGGCUGUCAACAACGACACUUGCAGCCAUCAGAUCACCAUCGAACUCCAGCAUCAGAAGCAGACAAAAGAGGCUUUCUCCUCGUCGCUCGUGUCGACUGCCCUAUUCAUCAGUCCAUUCUCAGUCGAUCAGACGGUGAUCCCUGUGGGCAAUCGUCUAUUCCUCAAACUCAUGCUUCAGUGCAGCUCAUCAACACCUCUGGUGCUGAGCGACUACCGACUGGAGGAGUGCGAUCCACAAUACAUCGAGGAUGCCUCGCAGCGCCACCAUUCAUUCUAUCUCGUCAAGGAUCACAACGAGUCGCUCCGUGACAUGACGCUGUAUCCAGCACACACCAUCUCCAUGAUCUUUGAGGUGAACAGGUAUUACCUUAGUGACACCAAAGGAUCAAUGAAGCUAUGUAUAAAGUACAUCAACAAGCUGCAGGAUGUUGACCCACUGGUAAGGAGUUGCAAGCAACUCUGGAAGGACCAGGUCGACUACUACUAUCCUAUAAUCAUCGAUUGUCCAGAGCCUCUAUACCGAAUCGAUACCAAUCUCCCUCAGAAGGUAUACAUUGGCGCAUUGGUACCUUACGAGUUCACUAUAUCCAACAUACCCAAGGGUACUAUUGCUGCCACGGCGCCAGCAGCAUCCUCACCAGACAAUGGUGAGGCAGCAUGCUGCAAGGACACCUUCUUAACGUACCAGAUCGAGUUUGACUCUUCAUUCUGGACGAUAUCCGGCCAUAACAAGUCACAAUUCAAACUCAAUCCUGAUGAUCAGAAGCCACUGACAUUUAAGAUCAACCUCAUACCAAUUGGUUGUGGCGCAUUGCCAACACCAAAGGUGACAUUGAUCGGUGUCAAUCCUUCAAGCAUCCUGUAUUCCAAAGCAUCAGUGGAUCAAAUCUAUGUCUAUCCAUCGUCACACUUCAACUCUGCAUGUGAUCAGAUAGGAACCUCCAAUGAAUAA